AGACUCCGGCUGCAAACCCGUCUCGGCGGGGCGGGGAGCCGAGCUUCCUUCUCUGAGGGCCGCGGGGCGCCGCCCGACUUGUCCUUCCGCCCCGGCCUCCGCAGCUGGUGGGCGAGCGAGGGGGCGAGCGGAAGACGCGGCGUGGCCGAGGUCCGCGACGCGGGCGGCUGGAGCAGCGGCGGUCGGGGGUGGUCGGCGCGCGCCAUGUCGCUGUGGGGGGAGCCGCUGCAGGGCCCGCCGUCCCUGGCCUCGCAGCCCCCUCCGGCCGGCGCGACCCUCAACCGCCUGCGGGAGCCGCUGCUGCGGAGGCUCAGCGAGAGCUUGGACCGGGCGCCCGAGGGCCGGGGCUGGCGGAGGCUGGCGGAGCUGGCGGGGAGCCGGGGGCGCCUCCGGCUCAGUUGCCUGGACCUGGAGCAGUGUUCUCUUAAGGUAUUGGAGCCUGAAGGGAGCCCAAGCCUGUGUUUACUGAAGCUAAUGGGUGAAAAAGGUUGUACAGUCACGGAACUGAGUGACUUCCUGCAGGCUAUGGAACACACUGAAGUUCUUCAGCUUCUCAGCCCCCCAGGAAUAAAGAUCGUUGUAAACCCAGAAUCAAAGGCAGUCUUGGCUGGACAGUUUGUGAAACUGUGUUGCCGGGCAACUGGACAUCCUUUUGUGCAAUAUCAAUGGUUCAAAAUGAAUAAAGAGAUUCCAUAUGGAAAUACAUCAGAACUUAUUUUUAACACGGUGCAUGUAAAAGAUGCAGGCUUUUAUGUCUGUCGAGUUAAUAAUAAUUUCACCUUUGAAUUCAGCAAGUGGUCACAGCUAGAUGUUUGCGAUGUCACAGAUGUAACAGAAAGCUUCCAGGAGCUUUUUCAAGGAAGUUUGGAUGGCAUCUCUGAAUCCAAGUUGCAAAUUUGUGUUGAACCAAGGUCCCAGAAGCUGAUGCCAGGCAGCACGUUGGUUUUACAGUGUGUUGCUAUUGGAAGCCCUAUUCCUCACUACCAGUGGUUCAAAAAUGAAUCACCAUUAACACAUGAGACAAAAAAGCUAUACAUGGUGCCUUAUGUGGAUUUGGAACAUCAAGGAACCUAUUGGUGUCAUGUAUAUAAUGAUCGAGACAGUCAAGAUAGCAAGAAGGUAGAAAUCAUCAUAGGAAGAACAGAUGAGGCAGUGGAGUGCACUGAAGAUGAAUUAAAUAAUCUUGGGCAUCCUGAUAAUAAAGAGCAAACAACUGAUCAGCCUUUGGCAAAGGACAAAGUUGCUCUUUUGAUAGGAAAUAUGAAUUACUGGGAGCACCCCAAACUUAAAGCUCCUUUGGUGGAUGUUUAUGAAUUGACCAACUUAUUAAGACAGCUGGAUUUCAAAGUUGUUUCACUGUUGGAUCUUACUGAAUAUGAGAUGCGUAAUGCUGUGGAUGAGUUUUUACUACUUUUAGACAAAGGAGUAUAUGGGUUAUUAUAUUACGCAGGACAUGGUUACGAAAACUUUGGGAACAGCUUUAUGGUCCCUAUUGAUGCUCCAAAUCCAUACAGGUCUGAAAAUUGCCUAUGUGUACAAAAUAUACUGAAAUUGAUGCAAGAAAAAGAAACUGGACUCAAUGUGUUCUUGUUGGAUAUGUGUAGGAAAAGAAAUGACUAUGAUGAUACCAUUCCAAUCUUGGAUGCAUUAAAAGUCACUGCCAAUAUUGUGUUUGGAUAUGCCACGUGUCAAGGAGCAGAAGCUUUUGAAAUCCAGCAUUCUGGAUUGGCAAAUGGGAUCUUUAUGAAAUUUUUGAAAGAUAGAUUAUUAGAAGACAAGAAAAUUACCGUGUUACUGGAUGAAGUUGCAGAAGAUAUGGGGAAAUGCCACCUUACCAAAGGCAAACAAGCACUAGAGAUUCGAAGUAGUUUAUCUGAGAAGAGAGCACUUACUGAUCCAAUACAGGGAACAGAACAUUCUGCAGAAUCUCUGGUGCGAAAUUUACAGUGGGCCAAGGCUCAUGAACUUCCAGAAAGUAUGUGUCUUAAAUUUCAGUGUGGUGUUCAGAUUCAAUUAGGAUUUGCAGCUGAGUUUUCUAACGUCAUGAUAAUCUAUACAAGUAUAGUUUACAAGCCACCUGAGAUAAUAAUGUGUGAUGCCUAUGUUACUGAUUUUCCACUUGACCUAGAUAUUGACCCAAAAGAUGCAAAUAAAGGCACACCCGAAGAAACCGGCAGCUACUUAGUAUCAAAGGAUCUUCCCAAGCAUUGCCUCUAUACUAGACUCAGUUCACUGCAAAAACUAAAGGAACAUCUGAUCUUCACAGUAUGUUUAUCAUAUCAGUACUCAGGAUUGGAAGAUACUAUAGAGGAAAAGCAAGAAGUGAAUGUUGGGAAACCUCUCAUUGCUAAAUUGGACAUCCAUCGAGGUUUGGGAAGGAAGACUUGCUUUCAGACUUGCCUUAUGUCUAAUGGCCCUUACCAGAGCUCUGUGUCCACCCCAGGAGGAGCAGGCCAUUAUCACUCAUCUCAAGACUCAUUCCAUGGCGUUUACCAUUCGCAUAUGGGUAAUUCGAAUAAUGUUAUGCCUUCAGAUAGUUGUCAUUGCAGCCGGACUCCAGAUGCGUUUAUUUCCAGUUACCGUGCUCACCAUUAUUCAUGCCAGUUUGGCAGAAGUAAUGUGCCAGUAGAGACAACUGAUGAAAUACCAUUUAGUUUCUCUGACAGGCUCAGAAUUUCUGAGAAAUGACCUCUUUGUUUUUUGAAUUUAGCUUAAUUACUAGAUGCCUCAUAUGAAAUAGUACUGUAUCUGUAUAAAGUGAGACAACGUGAAAAGGCAAAUAUGAAUAUGUAGAGAGAGAAAAUUAGUAACAGCUGGUUCAUAGCAAACUCAGGCCUUUGAAAUGUUGGCAUUACAUCAUUUAAUCAC